AUGGCACUCGAGGGAGACGAUAUCAGACAAAGCAGCACCAAGCCCGCUGAUCCCAGCGAAAACGGCUCUGCUGAGGAUUCUUCGAAAACACUCCCCAAGGGCGUUGUCAUCGGCAAAGACGGGAAGCCCUGCCGCAGCUGCACAUCCUUUGCCCAAUGGGCCGCGCAGGCCAAGUCGUCGCUGAAAGCCAAGACCGAUAGUCCCAUCACAGCGACCCAGAAAACCACCACAGUUAGCGAUGUAGGCACUCUACCGGCCGAUUGCCCUCCCGAUGUCGAGCGUCUUGGAAACAGCACGUGGACACUGCUUCACACUAUCGCGGCAACGUACCCGGAAAAGCCAACGGGGAUGCAAAAGGACGACCUACGAGGCUUCAUGGCUACGUUCAGCAGACUCUACCCUUGUUGGGUAUGUGCGGAGGAUUUUCAGGACUAUAUGAAAAAGGAUAAACUGAAGGUUGAGGGUAGGAAAGAGUUUGGAAACUGGCUCUGCGAGGCACAUAACGAGGUAAAUCGGAAGCUAGGGAAGAAGGAAUUCGAUUGCUCCAAGUGGGAGGAGAGAUGGAGGACUGGGUGGAAAGACGGGCGUUGUGAUUAG